CGAAGAUGAUGAAGAACGAAUCACUCGUGGUAGAAAGGAAAUACUGAAGCUUCUCCGACAACAGGAUAAUGAAGUCUCCACACGUAAGAAAGGCUACGAUCCUGUACUCGUCCGGUUCUAUGAAGAAAGAGGAAUGACCGAGGUGAAGAAGGACUGUCCGUUGAUAGAAGAAGCAGCUAAGCAGAGCGGGAAAACAGUUGACCAAGUGAAGAACUUCAUCGGCAACUAUCGUAGGUUUAAGAGCGGCAGUAAAAGGAGCCUCCCCACAGACGACAUGGGGGCUGAGAACAUCACGGGACAUCGUGAAGACUUAGGGAUGUCGGCAAAAGAAGAAGACAGCAGUGUUCCACUCGAAAUACAGCUGCGGGGUCCUGGAAUGCAGCAGCUGUACUCCCAGGCCUGCCGCCAGGGGGCGCGACCGGUGCACAGCGUGCGCGGGCUCGUGGUUGGUCAGUUCAGAUCCGGGAAGACGUGUGUCGUCAGGAGGCUGACGGGAGAGAAGGCUGUGGAGAAUGAACCGAUAACAGACGGCAUUGAGAUUUCACCCAGCGUGAUGACCAAGACUUGGCGGAAAGCAAAAGAGGAGCCUGACGAAUUCAAGGAAAUCAUGGCAGAACGCUUAGCGGAACAACAAGAACGGGACAAACCACGCACCCGGACAUCGUCACGAACAGGAGCAGUCCCUACAGACACUGGAAAAGCAGGAGAACAAAAAAGGAAGGGCACUCUGAGAAAGCAGCAAAAAGCACCACUGAAAGGGAAGGCGACACAUACUCAACAAACCGCAAAACGGCUGGAUGAAAGUAUUGGAGACGGUGCAAGUAGGACUACGUCUCGACAAACUCAACAGCAACCACAAGACAUUCCGGAUGAAGUCAUAACAAAAGCCAAAGAGCUUCUCCAAGGUGGCGUGACCGAGGAGCAGCUUGGAACAGCCGAACACCCGCGUCUCUCCCUCUGGGACUUCGGCGGCCAGGCCACGUACUACGGCUCGCACCAGUGCUUCUUCACGUACCGCGGGAUCUACAUCCUGGUCAUGUCACUGUUGCAGAAGCUGUCCGACCCUGUUCCUGAUCUGGACUACAAGGCGGCAGCGGACAAUCUCGUAACCGGGAGAGACUACAUGGACCACUGGCUGAACUCAGUCCGCACACACACCCUGGUGCACGAGCGGGAACAGACAGGAGAGCCGCGUGUCGUUUUGGUCCUCACGCACAAGGACAGGGUCAGCGAGUCAGACAUUGAGGAGUACAAGAAAGACAUACGUGAUCACAUCAGUGGUAAGGCAGCCGGUAAACACGUCUUACCUAAGAUAUUUGUCAUCGACAACUUCAACGAUGACAACAGUGACAUUUACGAGCUCCGAGAAUACCUCCGUGAGGUGGCGAAGGGUCUGUGGUUCAUGGGUCAGGAGGUGCCGAUGGCUUGGCUUCAUCUGAAGUCCAAACUGAUGGACAAGAGGAAAGAGGGCAACCUAUUCUGCCGUUUCCAAGAUGUCGUCGAUCUGGCCCGGAGUGAUGACGUGGGCAUCACGGACGACAGCCAUGUUGCCGACAUUUUGACCUUUCUACAUGACCUUGGUGACAUCAUCUUCAUCAACGAACCCGUUCUCCGUGAUCACGUGGCCCUUCGACCUCAGGUGAUGAUUGACGUCUUCAAGACCAUCAUCACCGUCCCGGAGUACCAACAGGACAGGAGCACGGAUGGGGAGGUUGCCGACAUGUGGAGGAGGCUGGAGAAGGAAGGCAUCCUCAGUGACAGGCUGUUGACAAUCAUCUGGACCAAAGCAGAUCAGAAGACGAAGAAACCCUUCCUACUCCAACACAAGCCCUUCCUGAAGCGACUGAUGGAAAAGUACUACCUCCUCUGCAACGCCACGCCGAUCGGUGGGUUUGAUGACACUUCGGGUGAUCCUGAGAAAGAAGAGAUCUACUUCGUACCAUCUCUCCUGGCCACAAAGCCUAACGACAUCACCUUGUAUCCUGGGCACAUGACGAGAUACCAGCAUCCUCUGUAUGUCGUAUUCGACAACAAGUUCCUGCCAAGUGGCAUGUUCUAUCGUCUACAGGCCAUUUGUGUGCGCAGGUUCGGUCUUCAAGAGUCCCACGUGUUCGCCGGCUGCGGCCGCUUCCCUACUGACGAUGGGAAGCAACAGUUCGUGGUAACCAAAGUGAAGCAUUACCUUAAGGUGGAGCUUCUGUCGGCUGAAGCUGAAGACCAGACAGUGUUCACACAGGCCCUUCCUGUUAGAAAGUUCCUCAGCAGUUGUCUCUUUGAGAUCAAGGAGAAGUGGAUCCCGUCCAUCCAGUAUGACUGGUGCUUUGGGGAUGAGUCAGAAAAAGAAACCGGAACACCAGUAUUCUACCCACUGUCUGACAUCGAACAAGAAACGGCAACGGGAUCUUGUCGUUUUCCAGAAGACUUCAUCAAUGUCUGGAUACGUGGCAGAAGUGAUACGACAACGUCCUGUACAGAGAACUCAGGUGGUUCCGGACCCGUGAUGAUAGAGCCCACGCUGAACCCAGACGCAGUCCACACGAUCGGACCUGUCCUGGACUGUAUGGAGACCUGCAGAGGGCUGAGUCUGGCGGAGUGUGAUCGGAUCAGACACGAGCUAACAUCCGUCAGCAGGUUCAAAGAGUUGGUUGCCACUGUCAACAGGUCCGGAGACAUGUGCCGUCGCUUGCUGGGAGCGUCCGUGGAAGUUUGUCUGCCUGAGAGAGCAUCUAUGUUCCCCAGGGAAGAGAGAGGGAACGAAAUUGUUCUCCUACACACCGGUGACUACAAUGACAAGCUGACCCAGCCACUGUUGAAACAGGCAGUCGACACCAGCAGGUACGGUGUAACAGUGUCUGAAGACGUCAUCGAACCAGGAGAAAUCAUCACAGACAAACUCUUGUAUCAUCUUCUCCAACGGAACGUCAGGAUGGUCGUACCGAUCAUCACACCCCAGACUCUCCACAGCAGACACUGGUCCACGCUCGGGUACGAAUUCUGUGUACAGAACAAGAACCUGGUCUUUCCGGUCUUCGCCUACCCUGAAGGAACCAGAGAGCGUUUGGUAGAGGUGCUCGGCAGGCGCUGUGCGGGGAUGUUGGAUAUGGCAUCAACAGAAGUACCAAUGACUGAAGAACCACUGUCCAGAACCAAAAUUGGUCUCGUUUCAGCAGACAUCCUGAGGAAGGUGUCGUCUUCUGUUGUGCUGAACACGUACAGAAUUACAGAAGAAGGUUGCACGAUUGAGGAGGAUGGUGUCACCAUCUUCUUUCCAAAAGGAUGCGUCAAGACGGGGAGGUCCCUGUCCUUGGAGGUCGAAAUGCUGCCCAUUGAUGACGCCUUGACAAAGGCUUUCUCAGCUGUGACACCGAUACUGACCGUGCACCAGGAAAAGGAGGAGGACUUCUUAGAGCCCGUGAGAGUCACCCUGCCGUGGGCAUGGAAGAAGAGCGACUGCAGCACAGAUAAGACCGUUCUGAUGGAGAGGAGACCACAUCUUCCCCAGUGGUCGUUGUUGAGGGCACAGUUUCACGAGACCGAGGACGCAAUCACCUUCACAACAAGACACUUCUGCGGGAUGGCCGGUGCCAAGGAAAGUGGCAAUGGCGGCGAAAGUUCGACCCCAGAAAACCAUGAUGAGGCAGCCAAUCAGGAAACAGAAAAUGAAAGCAUCCCAAGAGAAACAGGUAACCAGGAUGGGACAGCCAAUCAGGAAACAGACAAUGAAAGCAUCCUAAGAGAAACAGGAAACCAGGAUGGGACAGCCAAUCAGGAAACAGAAAAUGAAACAAUCCCAAAAGAAACAGGAAACCAGGUUGAGGCAGCCAAUAAGGACACAGAAAAUGACAACAUCCCAAAAGAAACAGGAAACCAUGAUGAGGCAGCCAAUCAGGAAACAGAAAAUGAAACAAUCCCAAAAGAAACAGGAAACCAGGUUGAGGCAGCCAAUAAGGACACAGAAAAUGACAGCAUCUCAAGAGAAACAGGAAACCAGGUUGAGGCAGCCAAUAAGGACACAGAAAAUGACAGCAUCCCAAAAGAAACAGGAAACCAGGAUGAGGCAGCCAAUCAGGAAACAGAAAAUGAAACAAUCCCAAAAGAAACAGGAAACCAGGUUGAGGCAGCCAAUAAGGACACAGACAAUGACAGCAUCCCAAAAGAAACAGGAAACCAGGUUGGCAAUCAGAAGGCGGAUGAAAGUAUAUCAAGAGAGCCAAAUGUAACAUCAGCAUUCUCAACUACAGUCGCAACUGAAGCAUUCUUGGCGUGUUGGAACAGGUACACUGAAGACAAAGUGUACCUCAUAGUAAACCCAAACGAGGCAACAACAGACAACAACUGCAUCCACCUCAUGUGUGUUCACAAGGACGACGACCCCACAGACUUUUUCCGAGCUGCCAAUAUGUUGCCCCUUCCGCCGUUUCAACAACGCAUCGUCAUGGGCAGGGAAGAAAUGAUAGAUGCCACGUUUGACGACAGGAAAGAAGUCAUCGGAGACCCUCUUGAUGUUUCAGAUGGUAUCAGCUUCUUCUUCCCACCAGCUGACUGCAACAGGUGGUCCGUUGGACUGAUUCUGAACAACCCGAGCCAAACCAAAAAGAUGUACCAAGGAGCUGUCCAUUUCAGACGACUUUCUGAGUCUGGAGUACAAAUAACUGACCUCAGGCGCCGUAUCCCAUCAGCAAAAGUGUACCUUAUCUACGAAGAUGAGGCUACCAUGGAUCAGCAAAGAGAUGGGGCCGGAAUCUCCAUGAGCGAGGCGUUCGAAAUAAAACCAAAGAAAGGUGGAUCUACAAAGUCUCAAACGUGGCACGGAGGCCAGCCCAGUGACAGGGGUCAAUCGACACAGCAAGAGUUCACGUCUGUUCUGAUGGUUAACGAUGAGUACGGCACGUCCCAUGGAGGUAACUCUACCACAAACCGUCAGGUGGCGCAGUUUCUAAAACUCCAUGGUGCUACAGUUCAUGCUACAGCUGUGCAAGCAUCUGAAGAAGACAAGCGGUGUGCCAUAGACGAUGGUGUCAUUCUGCAUCUGCCUGUUCAAGACCCCAGAGACAAGAGGACACCUUCUUUGGAAUGGUUGACCCACUACCAAAGCUUCCACUACCCAGAUAUACCACAGGAUCUGAAGUGCAUUGUGGGCCAUGUAGAUGUCACUAGUGGAGCUGCAAAGAGCAUACAUGAGAAACGCUGUCAACACGCAAAAUUGGUCCUUUUCAACCACGACAUGCCAGAAGAGACAGAGCACUACAUGGGGACUAAGAAAGCGUUGGCUGCGGGGAGGAAGAUGGAAGACAUCCUCAAGGAUGCAAAGAAUGCAGAUGCCGUGUUCUCAUUGGGAAGAAGGAUCUACGACUACUUCGAGACGAAGUACAGGUCACUUGGAGAAAGCAAACCAGGACAACACUUUUUGUUUCUCCCAAGACCAUCUCCAGUGUUUGAAGCCAUCUCUGUUAGACCAGGAGGAGGGGAGAAAGUCGUGCUGACUGUCGGGAGAGUGACGGAAGUGGACAAGCUAAAGGGCCAUGACCUGGUAGCACGUGCCAUGGGGGAGGUUACAGAGAAGAUCACAAACGUCAGAUUGUGUGUUCGUGGGAUAGAUGAAGAUGACUGGGAAGCGAGCAAGAGAAUCCUGGGGAAGAACCUGCACAGUGGUAAUAUCAAACCAACGCUGCUGCCAUGUGGAACUCAGGAGGACAUCGCUCAGGACAUGCAGCAGGCCCACCUGGUCCUGAUGCCGUCCCGUGCCGAGCCGUUUGGACUGAUCGGUCUACAGGCCAUCGUAGCAGGCAUCCCUGUACUCAUCUCUGACAAGUCGGGGUUGGCAGACAUGAUCAAGGACUUGAUCAAGAAGAAGAAAUGCCCUGCAGAAAUGAGGCACAGGAUCGUGAAAACCAGCGUGAGGGAGUCCGACCUGGCUGAGGAUGCAAGAAAAUGGGCAGAAAGGAUCGCAGAUACCUUGGAAUACUCUGAGGCAGAAUUCGACAAAGCAGCAGAGUACAAGAAGAAGCUGUUGGAGUCGAAGUACUGGGAAGAAUCGCACCAAAACCUGCUGCGGGUCUGUGGAUUGACGGACUGAGUCUAGAUCGCGCCCUUUCACCCACGUGUCAAAUUCCUAAUAACUGAUCACAUAGUUAAUGUCAUCAUUACUGUGUUUAUAUUUCAAAGCAAAGCAAGACUUGGCAGUGACCCUAUCUAUCAGUGGCCAUGUACAAUUUCAAAGAUAAGCUCAUUUACAUUGACACUGUCUAUUGUCUCUAUACAGGCCUUUCUAUCAUCUACGUUGCAAUUAGGGCAACGUACAUAUAUAGCAAGUUGGUCGUGGGCUAUUUUUUGUACAUGUAGUCUGAUGUCAGUAGGGACUU